GGAUAAUUUCAAAUCUACAGAGUUACAACUUCUGCAAACGUUCAGAAGGGAUGAUUUUGCCUGUCUUGUUGUUGCUGCAGCUUAUAUCUUUCACUGAUGCUUACAAAUUUCUUGUGUAUUCGCCAAUCUUUGGUUACUCGCACAACAACUUCAUGGGCGCCAUCGCAGAUACUCUCACAGAAGCUGGGCAUAAUGUUCUUAUAUCUUUCAAUGAUGCUUACAAAUUUCUUGUGUAUUCGCCAAUCUUUGGUUAUUCGCACAACAACUUCAUGGGCGCCAUCGCAGAUACUCUCACAGAAGCUGGGCAUAAUGUUACGAUGUUAAUGCCGGUAAUGAAUGUUGAGUUCGAAAACAAGACUGGUGUGAAAUUAACAAACAACGUUAUCAAGGUUGCCACUCAUCCGCAAGUGGCUGAGUAUUUCAAACAUAGAAAAGAGAUAUACAGUAAGGUAUGGACUGUGCGGCCUAGUCUACUUGCACAAAUGAAGAUGUUUCAAAAUAUGACAUACUCCUACAGUUGCCAAUGUGAAAUAAUCAGCGAUAAAGCGUUGUUGGCACGGUUCAGAAUGGAGAAGUUUGAUGCUGGCAUCGCAGAACCCAUCAGCGCCUGUGGCUUUGGAGUCUUUGAAAUCCUGAAUAUACCUACGUCUAUUGCGGCGUCCUCCCUAGUACACCUGGAGCCAAUUUCUGAAUUUAUUGGGGAGCCAAAUUUCCUUAGCUAUGUACCUGGAAGUAUGGCUUCAUCGACUGAUCGUAUGAACAUAUUGGAAAGGCUGCAGAACGUUGUCGACUUCUUCAUCACGCGGUUCAUUCUAAAUAACCUUUUCGACAAGGAGCUUACCAUAAUUUUGAAGAAGUUUGGUUCACAUUUCAAACAUUCGAAGGAUAUGACGACAAAAGUGUUUCAGCAGCUUCUUUCUGAAACAUCGUUUAUGCUGACAAACUCCAAUCCGUAUAUUGACUUUCCUCGACCAACGCUUCAUAAAACCGUUGCUAUAGGAGGGAUCACCGUUUCCGCUGACUUGAGAAGAAAUAGGCUUCCCGAGAAAUGGGAUACGAUUCUCAAUGAACGCAACCAUACGGUACUAGUGUCUUUUGGUUCGGUGGCAAAAGCAGUGUACAUGCCUGAUAAGUAUAAGAAAACGCUGUUGAAAGUCUUUGAAAGUAUGCCCGACACAACAUUCAUUAUGAAAUAUGAAGAGGAAAAAGACGUGUGGGCAGACCACCUUUCCAAUGUUCAUCUUGAUGUAUGGCUUCCUCAACAUGCCCUUCUUGGUAGAUGCUUUUUUUUAUCAAGAAAAGAAAAUGCCAAGUUGAAAUAUCAACUUAUUACAGCUGACCCUCGCCUCGAUGUUUUCAUUACUCAUGGAGGACUGGGCAGUACUACAGAAUUAGCACAUCAAGGGAAACCAGCAAUCCUAAUUCCCUUGUUUGGAGAUCAGCCAAGAAACGCUCAAAUGCUUGCAAGACACGGAGGAUCCAUUGUACUAUCUAAAUACGACUUGGAAAACCCAGAGAAGCUAAAAGAGAGCCUACUUGCGAUUUUAAAAAAUCCAAGUUACUCCCGAAACGCCAAACGUUUGUCUGAAAUGUUGCUAAACCAGCCGAUUAGUGCGAAACAACUUCUUGUGCGACAUUGCGAGUUUGCAGCCAGGUAGGA